AUGGGUGCAAACGCUUCAAAGAUUGACGAUGCACUUGAGCGUCUCUAUGAGGGUACGACCAGUACUCCCUCACUCACAAGGCCCCCGGCUUGCGUCGAUAAGCGACAUGCUUCAAGUCGUCAUUCACCGCACAAUAUGAUCCUUGCACCAUCGGAUGCUGGUCCCCCGAAAUGUUGCCGAUUACCUCCAAUCGAAAGCUACGAGACUGUAAAAGCGCAAAUAGCUCAGAUCACCCGGUGGGAUCUUGUCGAUUCUUCCGAGGACCUGUGGCAAUCUGCUCAAUAUCAGGAACGCAGUGCAGCAUUCUCCCCGUCACCGUCCUUUACGCCGAACAUGGCUUCUCACCUGAAGAUUUUCCAAAAGCCCGACGAUGCACCGACAUCAAGUGGGAGACAAGUUCCUAAAAGACACCAGUCCCAGUCAGGGAUUCAAGCUUCGAAGAAGAGAAGACUCAUACUUGCUCCCAUGGCUAGUCAGAUUGUAAGUCAGCGAGCGGAAACGAAACUCGAAUCACUGGUACAACCGGAGUUGCAGCCCUUACCGAACCAUGUUAUUAUGGAUUGUGAUUAUGAGGAUGAAGGAUAUGACUCCUUUACGGUGUCACCUACAGAUUUUGCUGCUACUGUUGAUUCGGCCUGUUCGAGUGGGGAAGGGGAAGUAGACUUGGUGAAAUUGCUCGCCAAUCUACACCAACUACGCGAGAGACCGGUAACCGAAGAAUUAAAUAUUGAAGACAGUGUUCAGACAGCGACGCACCUGAAAGCGCGAGAGGAGCAAGCUGGGGCGGAACGCAGCAGAUUGUUGAGAGAGCGUGCCUUGAACCGACAUAGAUCACAGGCACUUCCUCCUGAGCCAUCAGAUGAAGGACCCUUGACGUGCCAGAGACUAGAGAUGCUGAAUGCCAAGCCCACAGAUGAGGACGGCCCUCUAGACGUUGAGCAGCACAUUGUGCAGCAAAGCAGACGGGCAGAUGCGGAGUGCCGCAUACGGGAGAAAGAGCGCGCCUUGAUACGCCAGCGAUCAGAGGCUGUAUCCCCAGAGCCCUUGAAUGAGGACAGCGAUCGAGGCUCUCAACAUCGAAACAAGCAACCAGAGCGAGCAAGUGCGGAGCGACGUACGAUUAUGAGAGAGCGAGCCAUAAAGCGCCAGAGAUCCGAGGCACUAUCCAACGAUGCCGCCUUGAAUGAAGGCAACUUAAUCUCUUCCCCAAUGUCAUCGGAUAACCAGACUAACCAAAGACCUAAAUCGAAGCACUCCACUCGCCAUGAUACAAGCCAGAAAAUUCCGAACCGAUUAUCUGGGCUCGAGAUGCUCGCCUUGAGAAAGAGCCGCCAUGACUAUUGGGCGAUUGCGGACCAUAGGGGCGCCUCAAGAGCGCCCAUGGGCUCUCAAACCCAGGCCGAAGAUGAAUUAAAUUGCACCAUACUGGGAAUGAAGGCGGAAGCCACAAGCUCGCCAGAAAGAUCGACUUUUGAGAUUCAAAGUCAACGUUCACAAGAUAAUCGCCGCUCCCGCGCAGAGCGUCAGCAUCACGAUAUCAACGAAGCGCCUGAUAUCCGGCCUAGCUGUACUUCGGUUCCCUCUCUGGCUAAAACUAGUUUGACUCUGCCAAGAAACUUUGAUACCCUUCCAGAAGAGGCACAAUCGAUCAUUGUUCAGCACGAGAAGGCAAAGGAGAGGAAGCGAGACCUUGAAACAAUCGAUCGAGUUACAACAAGUAUCGCUCGUCUACGCUGUAUUGGUCUUUUCACACCUCAAGACGAAAGGGAACUCGCUGAAGUGCACCGCUUUAUAAAAUUGGUUCUCCGCGAAAAUCAAUACGGCAAAUUAGCGCGGAAGAGGGUUCAAGACAUUCGUUGUAAAAUCGAUCAGAGAGCGAAACCCUAUGAUAUGCCGACCCAAAACGAGAUACAGCGAUGGCGUGAUAGUCUAUUCGACGCGAACGACAUCACCCUACUCACGGAGAACCUGUCGCAAGUUGAGGAGCGGAUUUCGGAACUGGCUGGCGCACGGAAUGUGACAAAGAACCAUCGGCAAACACGACAAAAGAGAAAGGCUGUCACCUUCAAUCUGGCCUCCGGAGACGCAGCCCCAACAUCGAAUCGCGCAUCAAAGACUCGCAGACCGGAAAUCAGAACACUUGGAAAUCGUCGAACUAGUCAAUUCGCGUCCCAGGAGAAGCAGAUGGAGCUGAUCAGGCAAAGGCUUUCUGAAUUUGACGCCCGUCUCUCUGAGGGUCGAAAUCAAGGUUUGGAGGACGAAGCCGACGUCUCUCCCGAAAAUGGAUCUGACAACGAGUCUACUGUAAGCGAGGAUAUCAGUGGCGUCGAGUAUUAUCGGUAUGUGACUCCUCGCCACAGUGAUAGUUCCAAAGACGGCCACCACACUGAGCUCGGGAACCCUCAGCAACGCCAAGGACUGCCGGCUCCCUCGCAUGGGACUCAGCAAUUUGAUUCUCGACUUCUAGAAGAAAUGCGAGAGAAGCAGAGGCAAUUGGACCGCCAAACAGGAUGUGAGACGGGCCCCGCAGAAGCCGGGGCGAGCGAUGCAGGCGACAUUUCCAGUUCGGGUGAAGAAGAUUACGAAGACGGAGGUGAAGACGAGGACCCGAAACAGCUUUUCCAGUAUACUGUCUGGGGAACAUUCUGCGGAGUUGAAAAUUACACCGACAACGACGAGUAUCGUUUCCUGACGACGUACAGGCUGGAAUUCGCCACUCGAAAGGUCAGCGAGUGUGUUGUUGAGUUCCAGAGCUUUUACACCAAGAGCGGGAUUGGAACUGAUCGGUGGUCUCUGGAAAUUGAGUUCGACAAUGGCCUCAUGGAUCAGCGUGUCCAUCUCGGCCCAGAUGCGGAAGUGGAAGCACGAUUCUUCGUGACCAAGAAAGUUGUUGAUCUGGGUACGAGAGCGUAUCGGCGAGCCAGGGCCCAGAAUGUCGCAGUUCGAGACGCCAUCUACACUGUGGAGUGGGAACAUACUUUGGUACCAGUGCGGGAACAGCAUGAAACAGAGGGGCGAGGGGAGGAAGAUGAUCUCUUCGGCGAAGACACUUCCAGAUCGUGUCCAGCCUCAUUUGAGCCGACGACCACCACGAUCCCCAGCUCACAAUUAGUGUACUAUAAUGACGUCGCCUCGGCGAAUCGCCAGGCCAUGCGCAUUUACCUCGAUUGGCACUUUCGAUUUCUACCAGGCCUGGAAAACGAAUACUGGAGACGUCUGGAAUACGAGAAUGCCGAAGAACAGCUCAGGAGACUGGGCGAUUGGGGCCUUUGGUCCCGAGAAGACACCAUGGAGGCUGAGAUGGAGGAAGGGGAGGCGGAGGCGGAGGCGGGGGAGGACGACGAAGACGAAGAAGAUAAUGAUGGUGAUAGCCAGAGUGACCAUGAUGCCACCGAGAAUGUGGACAGUCACAAAGGGCAAGAAGAGCAAGCCCUCUCAGAAUCAAAGGACCCCCGGGGCCAAAGAGAAGAAACCCACGAUGAGAACAAGGAAGGGGAGAAGGAAAGACAUAAGACCAAGGCCGGCAGCGAUGCCAUAUCCGGACGGAAACGAAAGAGGGUGCGAGAAUCGUUCAAAGUCUGGGUGAGGAAAGCACAGGUGUUUGGGCCAGGCAAUUGA